AACUCGAGCUCCGCCACCAGCUUUUGUAGGGAUUGCUCGCGUACCCAGGGCUGGCCACGCUCGUUGCACACGCCCCCCGGCCACUUGCAAACGCACCUGCGUCGCGACGCCCCACCGUUGCUUGCCUGCACACUGGGAGGACAAGAGCACUACAAUGGAGCUGGACCGGACGCCGCCGCCGCAGCAGCCGAAACCAAAACGAAGGAGCCACCACUCCGCACGGCUACCCGACGACUGCUUGAAAAAGCUCUUCGAGUUCGCGCCUCUCAGUAGUCUGCUGCACACGCUCCUCGUCUCGACGCCCUGGCGCGAGAACGCUUUAGAUGAUCCGCGCUGGGACCCGAUCCUGCCGCCGCCGGCCUUGCGGGCGCCGAGCCAGUGGCUGCGGCCGUCGACGCGGGCCGAACGAUGUAUAUAUGCGCGCUACUACGCGCGCUACCUCCUCGUCCUCGAUAACUGGCGAAGGGCGGUCCUCGACGACGAGGGCGCCGUCACGACGGCGCGCGGCCGCACGACGGCAUUAGAUGGCUGGUUCGCGCUCGCGCCGUGGGCGAAGACGGGCAUGCGCGGCGGCCGGCCCCUGGCCUGGCUGCGCCACGCCGUCUGGCUGCCCGAGGCGGCCCGCGCGACGGAUAGAUUAAGGCGAAGCGCGCGCCUGCCGCCGCGGUCGCGCGACCAGGAGCGGUGCGCCUUCUUCAAUGAAAACCACGAGGAUGAGCAGCAGGAGGAGGGCCCGCUGCCGCUGCCCGUGUUACCUGCCGCAGCGCUCAGGAGGUUAGAAACGGAGGGCCUGACCAGCGCAUUUUCGGCCGGCGCCGCGGCCGUCGCGGACCGGUUGGAACGGGAGCGCCAGCCGCCGCUCUCCCAAACAAGCGUCACGGUGGCCUACGCGCACGGCAACGCGAGCGAGGACCCGCAGCUCUGGGGCAACGUCGACCAGAUCUUGUGGGGCUGCGCGACGAUCGGGGCCCAGUUUUUGAGUGCGUACUUCGGACCGGGGUCGUCGAUCACGCUGGCGCGGCGGCACAUCCCGGGCCUCGCGGUGGGCGAGGCGCAGAACGUCGCGAGCUUUCGGGUCGAGGAGCCGCCCGGCGACUCCGUGAGGGUCGUGGUUACGGGGGGGCGUAUUGUAGAUGAGGGGAACCGCGGGCGCAUCGUCACGUCGCUGACGCCGCGCACGCGCGUGCUGUCUUUUCUGGACCUUGGGCCGGGCUUCGAGCUGGCGGCGCGAGGGGCGUGUGCUAUCAUCCUGCACGCGGCACUGCGGGCCGUGGGAUUGCCGCUCUGCGCGCACACGAGGUGCGCCUUGAACCCGAUCGAGACGGCGGGCGACCUCGCGAGCGCGUCGUUACUCUGCUGCCCCGUGUGCUAUCGACGAUUAGAAUUGCGGGGCGUGCCAGUGCACAACACGAUCCAGGCCGUCGCGCGCGUCUCGAAGCGCUGGCGCGACUCGUCGGCAUGGGACCUCGGCGUGCUGGCGCGCUGGGGAUACGUCGAUAUGAAUGAGGCGGCGGUGGACCUGACGAACGCAUAACUGAUUUUUAGUCUC